CAGGGCAGACAACAGAGCAUUCAGACAUCAACUGACUUCUCCUCUCAACCUUACCACAACCCAACUCCCAAAGCCAUGGCUUGCUGUGUUGCUCGCUGCUGCAGUGUCCCCACCGGCCCUGCCACCACCAUCUGUUCCUCAGACAAGUCCUGCCGCUGUGGAGUCUGCCUGCCCAGCACCUGCCCACAUGAGAUCAGCCUCCUGCAGCCCACUUGCUGUGACCCCUGCCCCCCACCCUGCUGCCAGCCUGAAGUGUACGUGCCAACCUGCUGGCUGCUCAACUCUUGCCACCCAACUCCCGGCCUGAGUGGCAUCAACCUGACCACCUACGUGCAGCCCGGCUGUGAGAGUCCCUGUGAGCCCUGCUGUUAAGCAGUCAACUCAUCUUCCCAGGUUCAGGGGCCUGGCUGCUCAGCAUCCUCUCUAUCACCUGCCCUUCAAUAACUGCUUCUGCUUGCAUCAAAGCUCAAUCAACCCCAAUGCCCAGGAAGAGGGGCCCAUGGACAUGUUUAAAUUCUUAAUGCUUUAUUCCUUUAGGAAUAGAUGAAUGAUGUCUCUCUUUUAAGCUCUAUCCCUGCUUUUUUUGAGAGAUAACCAUUUGGACUACUUAUUAAUAAACUUCAUUCUGGCUUAGCA